GGCGGCCAGCAUGUGAAUGUCAUGCCAUGUCAAUCCUCUUCCUCAAUGUCUUCAUGUGUGUUUGCAAUCUGUGCGUGAAGGCUGACAUGUGAACUACAUGUUGCGGGAUUUUGUGUCUUCAUUCACCGCAGACACGGAAGAAGAACCGGGAACAACACAACUCUGUAGCUGCACUGCUGUCACAUUAGCAUUCUAGCUAACCAGCUAACCAGACGGAGCAGCGAUGGAAGCGGAGCAGCAGAUCCGAAACCUGCGGGACUUCCUGCUGGUGUACAACCGGAUGACCGAAGCCUGCUUCCAGCGCUGCAGCAGCAACUUCAACUACAGGAACCUGACGAUGGACGAGGAGCGCUGCCUGGACAGCUGUGCAGGGAAGCUGAUUCGCUCUAACCACCGUAUGAUGGGCGCCUACGUGCAGCUGAUGCCUCGGAUGAUGCAGCGCCGAAUGGACGAGAUGGAGACCAAGGCUGCAGAGAACAUCAAAGCUGCAGAGGCAGCCGCUGCUUCAUCUCUGGAGCUUCCUGCUGUAUCUCUGGAGCUUCCUGCCGCAUCUCUGGAGCUUCCUGCUGCAGAGGUCUCAUCAUCAUCUCAAAUCCCUGUCGCCACGUCUCUACCCCCACAAAUACCUGCACUGUUACCCCCUUUAGCGACUGAUGUUGGACUAGAGGCACAGGGCUCAGUCAUGAAGCCAUCAGGGUAUGAUAUUCCUUUUGAGCUGGAUGCUGCCUUAUCCAAACCCACUGCAGCCACAGAAGUCAGUUUCUCAGCAGCCACACUACUCACACCUGCAACUGAAGCCGUGAAUCUUCCAAUAUUUAACGAAGCUGCCAGUGGACCGUCUUUUACAGAAGUCUUUCCACAGCUGCCCGUAGCCGCUGUCCAAACUGAGUCAGUGAGCUCAAUGCCUGUGUUAAUGCCAUCUUCAACAUCCUCACAAUCAGUAGACAUGCCUGUGUCAACUGUCUCUGCACCUGCUGUGUCGAGCCAAGAGAGAGCGCCAGAGGCUCCUCCCGCGUCAGGCCAGUAAUGAUUCCCAGUCUGGGUGGAAUCCCAACUGAAUCUGCCAAGUAACUCAUGACUGGUCGUCCCAAAUGUGAUAUUAUUCUCUGUAUUGCUGAAAGGAAUAGUUGAUUAUAAAAUAGGUUGUAUGAUAUAAUUAUGUCACAUAAUCUCUCCAUUUCUCUCCAGUGUGAGCAUUUGCUUUAUUUCUGUGUUUUCACAUCACAUUUUAACAAUGUGUUUUUCCCCAAUAAGUUUUUACAAAACUAACUUGAAAACCUCAAUAAAGACUCUGGCAAUUUGUGAUAGGGGAAAUCUCUUGUAUCACAAUACUAUGUUUUUUUGUAAGCAGCUAUUACAAGAUUGCAUUUGUUCUAGCUGGAUAUGAGUGUGUCUGUGCAGUGGCAGUGACCUGUCUGCAGUCAUGGAUUUUGGAGUCCUGGUCAGAUUAGACGUGAGUCAGGACUUUUAAAAGCCUGGCUGGUGUUGAGUAGAUGAGGACAACAGCAAGAAUGAUUAUUAUCACUUAUAAUCAAGUUUUUUUCUUCAUUUAAAGUGCUCCACAAUAGACAUGUUGUAUUUCCUGUUUGCAAAAAUUAAAGGCUGCCUCGCGCUGCUGGACGUCCUAAUGCAGCAGUGGGCUGCAGCGUGUACUCUC